AUGCCACCAACAAACCAGGAGCUCUCCCUCUUGAUAAAUCCUCUCGUUCCAGAUUCUGUCACACAUAACACUCGCACCCUCUCAAAUAUUCACUCCCUCUCUUCCUUCUUACUUGGUUUGGCCGCCGGUAUUCUCGGCCUCCGCUCGUCCGGUGGAUUCAUAUUCUAUCUUCUCGGCACCCUCUUCGUCUCGUUGCUCUUCCAUGCGCUACUGAUUGGAUUCGAUAAUGGUGAUAAGACCGGAGGGUUGGGCGUUGGCGCGUAUUUCCCCGGGAACGGAGAGAUAGUUGGUGGAGGGAAGGGGAAAGGAUUAAGGAGAAGAGGAGCGUGGAGGGACGUCUGGCUUGGUGGUGGUGUGUUUGGGGAGGCACUGAGUGGAUUUGUGCUGGGGUGGGCGGGUGUGGGUGGUAUUUUGAGAUAA